UAGUCUAAAUUUCAACAUUUUCAAUUGAAACAAAUUUUAUGUAAAAUUUUAAAACUGGGCCACGUUAAAUAGUCGUAUAAUUGGCAUUAUCCAUUCGCAUUCCGACCAAUAAACAAGAAAUUCAAUUAAAUGGCAAACUAAGUGUGCCCAGCAAGAAAAUUCCCAAAAAGAACCAGCCCAUGAUCUAAAAUCAUUUUUAAAGACCAAGAAAUCUAUCAAAAUUUUCAGUGGCGCUCUGCAAAUUUGAAUUUUAGUCUGCAAAAAAAGAAUGACACUGAAUCGUUCCUGUGUGGAACGUCUGAUCUUGAUAAGUACUCAGAGAUCCGGGUUUAUUAUGAUGCUCUUCCGCGAAUACACCUUCGGCGUCAGACGGCGUGGACUACGAAUUCUAACCAGACUUAAUGCCAAGCAGCUACCAGAAAAAAGGGAGCCAGACGCACUAGCCAAUGGCACUAAUGCAGUUUUUGUGGAAAGACUUUACUCGCAAUGGUCACAAAAUCCCAAAUCUGUAGAAGAGUCCUGGGAUGCCUAUUUCAGCGGAAAGCGCAACACCUCUAGCGUCACUGUUGACAAUAAAAAGUCUUUCAAAGCUGCAGGUUCCAGCACAGCACUUGCGGCACCCAAACCAUCUGCUCCGCCUGCUCGCGAAGUUGCCUCAGCUGCAGCUGCUGCGCCCGCUUCGGCGCCUGCUGAUUUUAGAUACAUAGACGAUCACUUGGUAGUGCAGGCCAUCAUACGUGCCUAUCAAUCACGAGGACAUCUUGCCGCUGAUCUUGAUCCGUUGGGCAUUGUGGGACCCACAGGUGGUUCCUCUGUUGAUGGCGCCAGGCGCAAUGCUACACAGGCUGUUCUUAGGCAACAUUAUUCCUAUGUGUUUAAUGAUUUAAAUACGUCAUUUAAGCUGCCUUCGUCUACGAAAAUUGGCGGCACUGAGCAGUUUUUAACACUUAAAGAAAUUCUGGAUCGCUUGGAGCGCAUCUAUUGCGGUCAUAUGGGCUUGGAGUACAUGCAAAUACUUUCAUUUAACAAAUGUGAUUGGAUACGCGAACAGUUCGAGCUGCCCAAUGCUGUAAACUUUUCAGCUGAUGAGAAGAAGCUUAUACUUGAGCGUCUAACGCGCUCCACGGGCUUUGAAAACUUUCUGGCCAAGAAGUUUACGUCGGAGAAACGUUUCGGACUCGAGGGUUGCGACAUUAUGAUACCCGUCAUGAAGGAGAUUAUCGAUAGAUCCACCAAUGAGGGCGUUGAAUCAUUUUUCAUUGGCAUGGCGCAUCGUGGACGUCUCAACGUGCUGGCCAAUGUGUGUCGGAAGCCCAUACCCGAGCUCUUGGCGCAGUUUCAUGGUCUAAAGGCGCGAGAGUCCGGCUCCGGCGAUGUGAAAUACCAUUUGGGUGUAUUUAGCGAGCGUUUGAAUCGCAAAACGAAUCGAAAUGUGCGCAUAACAGUAGUGGCAAAUCCUUCGCAUUUGGAGCAUGUAAAUCCUGUAAUGCUGGGCAAGGCACGCGCGGAAAUGUAUCUACGUGGCGACUAUCAAGGCAACAAGGUGCUGCCCAUAUUGAUACAUGGCGAUGCCUCCUUCUGUGGCCAGGGCAUUGUCUUCGAGUCCAUACACUUGUCGGAUCUGCCCGCCUACACAACCUUUGGCACCAUACACAUUGUGGUCAACAAUCAAGUGGGCUUCACUACAGAUCCACGCUUCUCACGCUCCUCUCGUUACUGCACCGAUGUGGCGCGUGUUGUCAAUGCGCCCAUUUUGCAUGUAAAUGCCGAUGAUCCCGAGGCUUGCAUACAUUGUGCUCGCGUUGCUGCCGCUUGGCGUGCAAAGUACAAAAAGGAUGUGGUCAUUGAUAUUGUCGGCUAUAGGCGCAAUGGCCACAAUGAGGCCGAUGAGCCUAUGUUCACACAACCGCUUAUGUAUCAGCGCAUACGCAAGGUGAAGCCGGUGAUGGUGCAGUAUGCUGAGAAAUUAAUCCGAGAGGGCAUCAUUACGGAUGCGGAUUACAAGGAAAUGCAAACCAAGUAUGAAAAAAUAUGCAAUGAUGGCUUUGAGGAGUCCAAGAAGAUGAAAUCGUUUUCAUACUCCGCUUGGAUUGACUCACCCUGGUCGGGCUACUUUGAGGGACGCGAUCGUCUAAAAAUGUGUCCUACAGGCGUUUCCGUUAAAACGCUGGAGCACAUAGGCAAUGUCUAUUCCUCACCACCACCAUCAGAGCAUAAGUUUGAGGUUCACAAAGGCAUCUUGCGUAUCCUGGGUCUGCGUAAGAAGAUGGUCGAAGCAAAGAUUGCUGAUUGGUCGCUGGGUGAGGCGUUUGCCAUUGGUUCGCUGCUUAAGGAUGGCGUACAUGUGCGCGUUUCUGGACAGGAUGUAGAGCGUGGCACUUUCUCGCAUCGUCAUCAUGUGUUGCAUCAUCAGACGCAGGACAAGACCUGGUACAACUCAUUGCAGCAUCUCUAUCCCGAUCAGGCGCCAUAUCAUAUAUGCAAUAGCUCGCUAUCUGAGAAUGCUGUGCUGGCCUUUGAUCAUGGCUACUCCAUGGCCAGUCCCAACUCGGUUGUUAUUUGGGAGGCGCAAUUCGGCGACUUUGUUAACACUGCCCAAGCGGUUAUAGAUACGUUUAUAGCCAGUGGUGAAACCAAAUGGGUGCGCCAAUCGGGCAUGGUUAUGUUUUUGCCACACAGCAUGGAAGGCAUGGGACCGGAACAUUCUUCAGGACGCAUUGAGCGCUUCUUGCAGCUUAGCGAUGAUGAUCAGGAUGUAUUUCCCGAUACCAACGAUAGCGAUUUCGUUGCACGUCAAAUAAUGAACGUCAAUUGGAUUGUCACCAAUUUGACCACGCCUGCAAAUCUAUUUCAUGCUUUGAGGCGUCAGGUAGCCAUGGGUUUCCGCAAGCCGCUAAUCAACUUCUCACCCAAAUCUGUGCUGCGUCAUCCCUUGGCGCGCAGUCCAUUCAAGGACUUCAACGAAUGCAGCGAAUUCAAUCGCAUUAUAAUUGAUGAAAAAUGCGAACGUAAUCCGGAUUGUGUUAAAAAGCUUGUCUUCUGUUCCGGCAAGGUUUACUAUGAUCUGUUUAAGGAGCGUGAAGAUCAUGAGCAGGCGGAAUCUGUAGCGUUGGUGCGUGUGGAGCAGCUUUCGCCGUUUCCCUAUGAUCUUAUACUGAAACAAUUUCAAGUGUAUAAAAACGCCGAGAUCCUGUGGGCACAGGAGGAGCAUAAGAAUCAAGGUGGCUGGUCCUAUGUGCAACCGCGCUUCGAAACGGCGCUCAUCAAAUGUGAAAAUGAAACACGCUGCAUUUCUUAUCAUGGACGCCAGCCCAAUUCAUCGCCUUCCACCGGCAACAAGGUGCAACAUUACAACGAAUACAAAGCGCUCAUUACAAGCAUCUUUGGCGAGCUGACCGAGGACAAUAAGAAGCGCAUGGAGCGCAUUGUUAAGGAGCAGCAACAAAAAGCCAAAUCGGAAACGGCAGCCAGCAUGGCAUCAACCAAGACUACGAAGGGCAAAGAAGCAGCUCCUGCUGCAGCUCCAGCGGGCAAGGAUGCAGCUCCAGCGGGCAAGGACGCAGCUGCUGCACCAAAAGCAGCCGCAGCGCCAGCUAAAAAGGAAGCGAAGAAGGCAGCUCGUAAACCAGUGCAGUCCAAGCGUAAGCCAAACAUGAAGCCCAAAAAGCAACGAGCUCCCACGCCGGCGCCAAAAUCCAAAUCUGAAGACAAUAUUCAAGGUGGCAUUAUGACAAAGCGAGCAGCUGGACCCAUGCCACCACCGGAACCAAAGAAAGAAGCCGACGAUUCGGAUCCCAAGUCAAAGAAGUAAAAUAAAAUUGAGUAGUUUUUCCGUAAAAAUUCCAGUUUAACUUUAAUAAAGUUUAUAAAAAUGCAUUGUAAUUAAGUU